UCGGCGGAGGCCCCCCGAGCUUCCUUCCACCACGGUUCUGCCCUCGUCUGUGGAGUGCCAGCUUUGCAGGCCGGCCCACUCCGCACAAAAGCCCCAAAGGGCCUCCGCCCCCUUCUUCCGUUCCUAAGAUGGCAAAUCCCAGCACUUACUCCGUUGGCAGAGCCUCUCUAUAGGAGGCCCAACUUACUUUUGCUCCUGUUGGCUGCUCGUUCUGGCCUGGGAAGCCAAUUUCUUCUACUGACCUAGAAAGAAAGCUCUUGACUCAUGUCCUCCUUUUGAGCUUCAGAACGCCCAGCGAAAUAAGUUGAGAGAGCUUCGCUCUCUGUGUGGCCUGAGGAUGUUGCACCUAAGGGCCCCAUCUCCCUUUCUGGUUUCAGGUUUCUGGGACAGACCUAGAGCUUCACCAAGAGAAUCCAACUUGGAAACCAAGACUGGUAGAUUCUCAUUUCUUCCGACAAGAGGCAGAAGUCAGAGAGAGACUGCAGAUCCUUGGGACACCUGUAUUCCUUUUGGAGGACACUAAGUUCUUUGAGAAGACGAAGGCAGUUCAGUAUGGCAACCGAACUGAAAGAACAGCAAGGAGCCAUUACUGUGAUUUGGUGACAGUUCUUCAGACAACAGUGUCUUUAAGGGAAACAGGAUAAAGAACUUCUGAACUUUUUUGGGGGUUUCGUUAAGUGAGAAGUCGGCAUGGCUCAGGUAAAAAGCUCUAGCGUCCUCCUUCAAGACCGUUCACUGGGAAGCCUGUUUGCACUGUCACUCUUGAAUUCUGCCUUAGUCGACAGUAUUGACCGUCCCCCAGUGAGCCGAGCUCUGUAUUAAACACCAGGGGGAGAUCUAGAGGAAGGAAAGGAGACAGGCCACAGCCCCUGCCCUCAGGGAGCUUCCAGUCAAAUGAAGGAGGCAAGUCUUCUGGCUUGUGAAGGCCUAGCAGGUGUGAGUUUGGUUCCCACUGCAGCCAGCAAGAAGAUGAUGCUGAGUCAGAUUGCCAGCAAGCAGGCUGAAAACGGCGAGCGGGCGGGUAGCCCUGAUGUGCUGAGGUGCUCAAGUCAGAUGGACUGUAAGCCUAGAUAUGAUUUGUCUUCAAAGGGCCACCGAAAAGACAGUGAUAAGUCCCGCAGCCGCAAAGAUGAUGACAGUUUGGCUGAGGCCUCUCAUUCAAAAAAGACUGUUAAAAAGUGUCAGAGAGGUUCUCAGGUUCUCGGUCCGGCAGCUGUAAUCGGUCCCAGAGUAGAACCAGCUCUGGGAAGAGGACAGAGACACCCACGUGACAUGCCUGAUUGUUGCCCCCAGGUGGUGGUAGUGGAACAAAAUGGCUCUUUUCAAGUAAAGAUUCCCAAAAAUUUUAUUUGUGAGCACUGCUUUGGAGCCUUUCGGAGCAGUUACCACCUCAAGAGGCACGUCCUUAUCCACACUGGUGAAAAGCCGUUUGAGUGUGACGUCUGUGAUAUGCGUUUCAUCCAGAAGUACCACCUCGAACGCCACAAGCGGGUACACAGUGGCGAAAAGCCUUACCAGUGUGAACGAUGUCAUCAGUGUUUUUCUCGGACAGACCGAUUACUCAGACACAAACGGAUGUGCCAAGGAUGCCAGUCCAAGACUUCUGAUGGGCAGUUUUCUCUGUAGGCACGAGGGGCCCUAGGUGGUGGGAGUGCUGAGGAGAGUCUCCAGAAGAGCAUAGCCAUGUGCUCUGACGGUCCCACCACCGCUCCCUCUGAACCUGUCCCCCUUCCUAAGAGGACUGGCCCCAGGUGAGCAGAAGAGCAUCAGAACAUCAGCUCCAGAGCCUCGGCUCUGUACCUAGUCUGAGACUAUGAGUGUCCCAGGGACACCUGCAGCAUUCCUGGGCACGGGAGCUGGUCCCUGAGCCUCGCUGAGGUGAGGUGGGGACUCAAAGGUGCAGGACCAAGACUGAAAUGUUCCCACAACCUUGGACUGGAACUGGCAGCUAAAACAGAAAGGACUGGGGAAGGAAGGGUGUUUGUUUGUUCUGCUCUUGUUUUUGUUUAUCCAAAAGCAGUUUCAGCAGGUAAACUGGGGAUACAGGUAACGUGGAGGGGAAAGUCCUGAAGCACAGCAAGGCCUGUGGCUGGUCCCUCCGUGUUCCACAGCCCACCCUUCCUCUUUGAAAGCAAAUAGGACCGGGGCCGGCAGCUGUGCUUCCUUGGACUUCUUAUACACUGAGGACAAAAGGAGACACUGGGACGGACAGAUGUGGGGUGGACAAGAAGAGUGGGCAAACCUUUGCUUAUCUCCUCAAGAAGAGCGGUGUUGUGUCACGGGUGUUCCCAUGGUCUGUGCAGCACUGAGGCCUGAUGGGGUCAGCUCAAGUGCCUUGUGAAGGAUGCUUGGGUGGGGUCGCCCAUGCGGCCCUCUUCUCUGGGCAGUUGGUCUUGGUUGUGGUUUGUGGCUACCUCACUUGUCCUUGACUCCAGAAUCCAGGCACAGUUGAGCAGGGAGCCGUGGGUGUCGGGGAGGCUGUCCCUGUGUGCCCUCUUAGAACAAGGAUAGUCCAGAGUUUUGCUAACAAUUGUGAGAAGAACAAAACUUGUGACAGUCCUGACGUGACCUGUGUGAGAGAGCCCUCUCCUUGCCGGAAUCGUUUGCCUGUUCAAGUAGAGGAGAUGGAGCUCUGGUCUGGUCUUCAGUCUCAGAGAACCAACCUUGGCUCCUUGAUAGGCAUCCCUGCAGAGUGGUGGAGGAGGGUGCUUCAGAGGAAGGAUUGCAGGAAGACACCUCAUGUCUGUUUUAUUCUUGACCUUAACUCUGUUACUAUACCCUUCCAUCUUGUCUACCCCUGGAAAAGUGAUCGGAUUUGUGUGUGUGUGUCUGAUUUGUGAGUGCUUGUGUUUCUUUGCUUGGAAGGGAUGAGAAUUAUUGACCGAAAUUUAUUCGGCCACCAACUUCGAGGACAGAAAGUAUAGGGCAGGCAGCCUUCCCACCCAAACCGGAAGGUGUCCUCCUCCCGGAACUUGCAGAGAACAAGGGAACAGAGGCUUGUUCCAGCAGGGUGUCGAGGGGUUCUCUCGUUAUUGUUAGGUUGAUUUAACUGUAUUGGUCAGAGUGUUUCUAAGCCAGGGCUUCUGAGCAUGUAUUUCCUAAAGAGAAAUAACUCUUCCUGCUAGAGAAAGGAUUCUUAAGGGAGAUUAUAGGAUUUCAUUGAUCACUACUCCACCCCUGAGACCUACUUCAGGUGGAAUCAUUGGGGUACACCUGAGCACACAGCUGCAGCCAUGGGCAGGGGUCUGAGAUGGCGCUUCGAGGAAGAGGUUCUUGACUUGCAAAUGAGAGCCAGGCGGCAGCCUACACUAAGGCCUCUUCCUAGGUAUUGGGGGAUGGUCUACCACAACUUCAGGGUGGAGGUACUUAGGGGGGAGGGGAGGAUGUUUCAGCCUUCAGCUUUCCUCUGAUAGCACCUGAGAGGAGGUCUGAGGAACAUGCACUGCCCUGUGUUCUAGCUUCCUGCUGUCUCUCUGUGACAUGCUCUAGAACCUGCACCUCCGACCUCCAUCCACCAUGUGCCCCCGGGCAUUCAUGUGCAUGUCACACAAACCUUUUACUGUUAGAGGAUUCUACUGGGCUGGGAUUUCUCUGUCACUCAACUCUGGGAAAGAGGAUAUGCUGAGAAAGAUAUCUUCCCAAAAAUGCUUUUGAAAGUGGGAUCCCCCACCACCACCACUUGAAGAUGAUCCAUUUGUGCUGAAAGUUGGAAGAGUGACCCAUGCUUCUGCGUGUAUGAAUGUGUGUACUGGGUCAGAGCAGGCCUUGCAGACUGUGGCUUCCUGCCUGUUGUCAAAGCUGAGAGAAGUGAGAGAGAACUGCAUGUGUACUGACAGCCCAACCAGAAUCACACUGCCAAGGCCAAGUGUGAAAGUCAGAAGCCGGCAGUGGGUAAGGGCAAACAGGCUCUAGGGUGGAGAGUAACACAACAGCCGAGGGCCCAGGAGCCACCUCUCUACCCCAGGGGACACAGACAGCUGCAAAGGCUCCUGGGCCAGAUGCCCCCUCUGCUGGGGUGGGUUGUUAGCACUGGACAGAUGUCUCAGGUGUGUGUAGAAGGGGAAAUGAGGAGAAGGUGGGUGCCCAGACAUCAGAACAUGGAUGUGGGGUUGGUGGGGAGAGGAAUACCAGCCCUCGGGGUGGGCUCUUGCCCCAGUCCCGGCCCUGCCAUCCCACCUUUGCUGGUACCUACCCUUUCCGUCCAUCCCCAGCAGCCUCUUGUCAUCAUUUAGCUACUGAUUGUACUUCAUGGCUUGACAGAGGGUUAGAGGAGUGGAGUGGCCACACUUGAGCCUUCUCCACCCAGGUUCCUUCUGUCCCUGCUGUGGCCCUGGGCUUUUUAUCUCCAAUUCCCCUCCCUACUGUGCUCCAUUUUUUUUUUUAAAUAUACUUAUUUUGCUAUGGGGGAGGGGACUAUCAAAUGGACAAGAUCACUUUUAAUGUAGUUUUUAUAAGAUGUUAUAAACUUGUAUCUUUUUACCAUUAAAGUGCAGUGUAUGUUCCUUCGUGACAUAUUUAGGAUAUUUAAAUAAAAAGGACGGCGCUUUUCUACAU